UCCAUCCAAACCAAGAUCUUCUUCUUCUUCUUACAGUCUAAAGCCAACCGAAAACUGUGUGCCGUUUGAAGAUGAACAGACGCAGGAUUUGUCAAAAAUCACCACCACCACCACCACCACCCGAGCUAUUGUUCAGCUUACGAUCAGAAAUGGCUUCCUUCUGUUCCAAUUUGUGGUCGAUGAUGAUAACAGCAGAUGUAUCCUCGGUGCUACAUUGCAAAGCUCGGAGUCAUCAUCAAGCAAGGAUGAUGAUUCUGCACGACACUGUACAUUCUACUCCGUCAAUGAAAUAAAGAAGAAAAAGAGCGGAGGGAGCUGGCUAUUCCACGGAAACAGAGAUAAACACCAACGACGACGGGGUUUUGUCUACAACAAGGUUGGUCAAAUGCGGCUUAUCAACUCUCUGGGCUCAGAUUUUACAGAGCUGAGAGAAUCAGUCUUGUUCGAGUUAGAGCUGAACCAAUCAGACAAAGCGUCUGAGACAACAAACGGGAACAGUGAAAUUGCUGCUAUGGUGAUCGAGAGUUGUGGUGAAAACACGAUCAUACUUCAGGACGGAGUUCAUGGAUUCCCGAACAAAGGAGUGCCAUCGCCGUUGAUCGAACGGUGGAGAACGGGUGGGUCAUGUGACUGUGGAGGAUGGGAUAUCGGAUGCAAACUCCGUGUCCUCUCCAACCAUAGACGACCCUUCCAUGAAUUCCACGAAAGCUUCCGACUUUGGGAUCAGGUAGGGGGGAGUCAGCAACAUGAAUCGGCGGCAUUCAGAAUGCGUGGGAUGAAGAAGGGAAUGUACAAGGUAGAGUAUGGGACGUCGACGAUGUCGCAUCUACAAGCAUUUUUCACUUGUGUCACCCUUAUUACCACUGAGUCUGAGCAUCAACAACGAUCUGACGAACCCCAACCAGUGGCGAGGAAACCAGAGGAGCAGAUGAGGAGGAGGAAGAACAGAGAGAUGGCCUUUAGGCUCUCUCCUUUCAAUCCGCCAUUAUCGCCGGUUGGUAGAGUCUAAAAAGACAAAUACACACAUCCACAGGUCACACACACAAACGCCGUUAAUGUCUGUUCCACGAAGUACUGAAACUCUGUUUGUAUAGAGAGGAAAAAAACACGGAACAUAUUACUCUGUGGCCCCCCCC